AUGGUCCCACGAUUACUGCCCCGUGUGGAGGCACUCGGUGCUAUCGCCACGGUGCUUUGUGGUUCUGUCGCUCUCAACUCACAGGAAGCACUGGCGGACGGCUUUGAUGUUUUGGACUAUGUGGACCCGCUAAUUGGAACGGCAAAUGGAGGCCAUGUUUUCCCCGGCGCAACCUUGCCUUUCGGUAUGGCCAAAGCUGUGGCUGAUACGGUAGGCGAGAACCAGGCAGGUUUUGCCUUCGAUACAGUUGUCGUUUCGGGUUUCUCGCAUAUGCACGACUCAGGCACUGGCGGCUCCCCUUCGAUGGGAAACUUUCCUAUCUUUGCCCAACCUGCAUGCCCAAAUGAUGAUAUCAACAACUGCAAAUGGCAACUCAAUGAUAGAGCCACAGCCUGGAAAAAAGACUCGGUCAAGGCUCGUCCGGGGUACUUUGGCAUCUCCCUCGCCAACGGUGUUCAUGCUGAAAUGACAACCACCAAUCGCUCGGCGUUAUAUAGGUUUACUUUCGAUGAAGGUUCAGCCAAUGCACUGAGUCCUGUGAUUCUUGUUGAUCUUAUUGAUUUGCCCAAAUCUCGGAGCAAUGGCACUGCUGAUGUCGAUAAAUCUACCGGUCGAUUGACGGGCAACGGUACUUUUAGCCCUAGCUUCGGUAUUGGCAGCUAUGACUUCCAUUUCUGCGUUGACUUUAAGGGCGCCGAACUUCGCGACACCGGCGUCUGGAUGAAGAACCGAGCCAAUUUCAGCCGCGAGACGGUGACCCUGGCGGCCGAUGGAACCAACUCUCCAGCCACGCUCUCUGCCGGUACAUUUGCCAGAUUCCAUGCCCCUAAGGACAAUACAAUUCUCGCUCGCGUCGGAGUCAGUUUCAUGAAUGUCGACCAAGCAUGUGCCAAUGCAGAGCGGGAACAGCCUGAAUUUGACUUCCCGGGGACUGUGGCGGCUGCAGAAGCUGCCUGGAGAAAGAAACUCAAUGUGAUCUCUGUGAAUACAGAUGGUGUCUCCAAGGAUUUUCAGACUAUCUUCUGGAGUGGAACGUAUCGCACCAUGAUCAGUCCCCAAGACUACACGGGUGAGAAUCCUUUGUGGGAGAGCGAGGAGCCCUACUAUGACAGUUACUACUGUAUCUGGGACUCUUACCGCAGUAUCCACCCCUUUUUAACCCUGGUGGAUCCUCAGUCUCAGUCUCAGAUGAUGCGGAGCCUUAUUGAUAUUUAUCGCAACGAGGGUUAUCUACCUGAUUGCCGUAUGUCGCUCUGUAAGGGUUUUACGCAGGGAGGCUCAAAUGCAGAUGUACUCAUGGCCGAUGCGUAUCUGAAAAAGGUCCCGGACAUCGAUUGGGAUACUGCAUAUGAGGCCGUUGUGAAAGACGCUGAGAUAGAACCGGCUAACUGGAACGUGGAAGGCCGUGGCGGCCUCCACAGCUGGAAGAGCUUGGGAUACAUCCCCACUGAUGAUUACGAUCCAUACGGCGUGGGAACUCACACUCGCAGCAUCUCGCGAACAGUAGAGUAUGCAUAUAACGAUUUCUGCAUCGCGGAGAUGGCACAGCGCAUGGGACACCAUGAUGAUUACGAGAAAUACAUCGCGCGCUCUGGAAACUGGAUAAACAUGUUCAAAGCGGACCAAAAAUCUAGUAUUCAGGGUGUUGAUACUAAUUUCACCGGUUUUCUCCAACCUCGCUACAUGAACGGCACCUGGGGCUACCAAGAUCCGAUUUUCUGCAGCCCUCUGUUAAACUUUACGUCGUGCUAUCUGAACCCAAAUGGCCAUGAGACCUACGAAGGAAGCGCUUGGCUCUAUACUUUCUAUGCCCCGCAUGACAUGGGCUCUCUUGUUCAGACCCUUGGCGGCGCAGAGGAGUUCACAAAGCGCCUCACCUAUUUCCACGAAUCUGGACUUCUCUAUGUGGGCGAUGAGCAGGCAUUCCUUCCGGUAUAUCAGUUUCACUAUGCCGGAAGACCUGGCCUGUCGGCCAAGUAUAAUCAUUACUAUAUUCCAUCUCAAUUCAACACCACCAUCCCUGGUAUUGCAGGAAAUGACGACAGUGGUGCCAUGGGAUCAUAUGUGGCCCUGAGCAUGAUGGGCCUCUGGCCUGUCCCAGGUCAGGAUGUCUAUCUAAUCACCCCGCCAUACUUCAAGGAAAUCAGCAUUCGCAACGCUCUCACCGGCAAGCUGGCUACUAUCCGCAACAUCAACUUUGACCCAAGCUACAAGGCGAUCUACAUUCAGAGCGCCAAACUCAAUGGGAAACCAUGGACAAAGAACUGGGUUACGCACGACUUCUGGGCCGAAGGUGGUGUCCUCGAGUUGGAGCUGGGUUCAGAAGAGAGUGAUUGGGGCACGAAGGUCGAGGAUCUCCCUCCCAGUGUUAGUAACUACCAUGCCUAA